AUGCACACAUUUUCCACAUUACCCGUCGAACUUGUUUAUCGAAUUAUGGAUCAUCAAAAUGUGGAGACGCUAUUUUUUUCAAUGCAAAAUAUUUCCCGGCGGCUCAAUCAGAUCCUGAGCACCUAUGAGCGAUAUCGAGCACUCACCACACUAUAUCUCAUCUAUCACGGAAACGGUGCUGAAGAAGCAAAACACAUUGCCGAUGCGUUGCGAACAAACACGACACUCACCACACUAAACCUCCACGGUGACGAAAUCGGUGCUCAAGGAGCACAACACAUUGCGGAUGCAUUGCGAACAAACACGACACUCACCACACUAGAUCUCACCCUCAACAGAAUCGAUGCUGACGGAGCACAACACAUUGCGGACGCGUUGCGAAUAAACACGACACUCACCACACUAAACUUCUGCGACAACAGAAUCGGUGAUGAAGGAGCACAACACAUUGCGGAUGCGUUGCGAACGAACACGACACUCACCACACUAAACCUCUACGGUAACAGAAUCGGUGAUGAAGGAGCACAACACAUUGCGGAUGCGUUGCGAACGAACACGACACUCACCACACUAGAUCUCCGCGGUAAUGAGAUCGGCGAUGAAGGAGCACAACACAUUGCGGACGCGUUGCGUAGGAAUGCAAGCGUCAAGAUGGUGUAG